AUUACGAGAGGAAUAUUCACUCUGUCCACAUGUGUCUUCCCAGAGAAAUGCACUUUACCUUUAACUGAAGAAGACAUACAUGAGGGAAGGUGCCACCUCAGCAAUGAAGGAUACAGCGUGUCAAAAAGAGUUCUAGAAGUGUUGGUCAGAUUUUACAGAGAAAAAUACAACUACCAGUGGAUUUGCAUAAUACCUACAAAUGUAUACGGCAAAUACGACAACUUCAAUUUAGCCUCUUCGCACGUAGUGCCUUCUAUUAUUCAUAAGAUGUAUUUGGCAAAAGCCACCAUUUUACUCUACAUCCUCAAUACGUAUUAUUGCAAGCAUUUCACGAUAGUUAAGGAUGAAAUUUUCAACGUUAUAUUCUCCACUAAUUUGCCUUCAAACGGUACGCACAUAAAUGUGUGCUCAAAAAUAUGCAUGUACAUUUUUGAAUAA